AAGUACGAUCGCCGAUAAUUUGGCAGUUUACAAAGAACUAUUGUUAGAAUUGCUGCUUUGUUGGUAUUCUGAUAGUCGAUUUCCUUAAAAAAUUCCAUUCCAUAGAGAGGUGUGAAAAAAUGGCUGUAAAUGUAUACAGCACCAGUGUUACCACGGAAAAUCUUUCCCGCAAAGAGAUGCUUGCGUGGGUCAAUCGCACUCUUUUGUCGGAGUUCAGGAAAAUUGAGGAACUCUGCACAGGUGCCGCUUACUGCCAAAUGAUGGACAUUCUCUUCCCGGGCAGCGUACCACUCAAGCGGGUCAAAUACUGCACUAAUCUGGAGCACGAUUUCCUCAACAAUCUAAAAAUCUUCCAGAACAGCUUAGUCUCAAUGGCGGUGGACAAAGCGGUUCCAAUCGACCGACUGAUCAAGGGCCGCUUUCAGGACAACUUCGAGUUUCUGCAGUGGUUCAAGAAGUUUUUCGACGCCAAUUACGACGGCAAAGAGUACGAUCCGCUCGGUGCUCGCCAUCAGCAUCCCAUGGGGUAUGGAACGCCUAACACGUUACGUCCCAGCCAGAGGGCAAACGUCAGCGGUGCAGCGCCGAAGGUGAUCGGUGGUGGUACCGGAGGUAUGAAUAAACCGGUGAUCAAACCGGCUGAAAAGAAGGCUCCAACCACCGCGUUUGGCAAUAUGAAGAUCAGAGAAGCGAGGGACGAGUUGGCGGAGCAGUUGCAUGUUUUGACACAGGAAAAAGACGAUCUCACGGAGAAGACGCAAACGGCCGAGGCGGAACGGGAUUAUUAUUAUCAAAAGCUGACGCUUAUUGAAGCAUUGAUAAAUGAAGAGGAUAAUGAAGAAAAUCAAGCCUUUUGUGAAAAAGCCAAGGAAAUCAUGUAUACUGAAGCUUAAGUCAUCAUUUUAACGGUCUUUAGUCAUUUAUGUAUUAUUAUUUAUUGAAAUCUUUAGCACUUGAUACGAUAGAAUGUAACAAUGAAAUUUUUCGAGUAUAA